AUGAGGAUCCUGCGCCCCAGCUGGGGAGGUUGCACCCGGGCAGUGCCGUCCCCUCCGGGCAGCUCGGGUUCUCCCGAUCUCGCUAUUCCCAUCCAGGAACUUGGCUUCGCCGCCCCUCCCUGGCAGGGCGGCCCCGUCGCCGGCUCCUGUUCCCGCUCUCAGCCUCUCCGCUGCGGGCCGGGCUCUGCUUCGCUCCGGUCGGACCUGGCCUGGCUGGGUCCUGGAGGGUCGGUGCGGGGAUGGCACAGAGGAGCCGCAGCGGGCAGAAGUGCUCCCCGGGGCCGCUGCGCCCCGCUCCGCGCAUGCGUCCCGCUGUGGGGAAUUGCUGCUCCGUUCCGCACCAAGUUGCAGUUUCUGGCUCUUUCUCCGCGGGGCAGCGGUGCGGAAGGCGCUGGGACGGGGGCGGCGAGACGGCAGGGUCCAUGGGCUCUGUCACUGCCGCUGCUGCCGCCGCCGGCCGUGGCGGUCGCGGCGCGCAGCGGCCCCGGGCCCAGCAACUUGCCCGACGUGAAGGAAACGGCGGACAGGUUGCUCCAGGGCUACAGCAUCCGCUUCCGACUUCGGAGCCCCUCCGCCGCAGGUCCGCCCGUGGAUGUGGGCAUGCGGAUGGAGAUCGGCGGCAUCGACGUAGUCUCGGAAAUCAACAUGGACUAUACCCUGACCAUGUACUUCCAGAAGUCCUGGAGGGAUAAAAGAUUCUCUUAUCCUGCAAUACCUUUGAACCUAACUCUGGGCAACAGGGUGCCUUACCAGUCAUUUGUCCAUGGGGUGACAGUGAAAAAAAAAAUUAUUCUACUCCCUCCAGAUGGGACAGUCCUUUAUGGCUUAUGGCUCACAACAACAGCUGCUUGCAUGAUGGAUCUAUGCAGCUGUCCUUUUGAUGAACAAAACUGCACACUAGAAAUUGAAAGAUACGGAUACACUGCUGAUGAUAUUGAGUUUUACUGGAAUGGAGGAGAGUCAGCAAUAGUGGGAGUUCAUAACAUCAAGCUCCCACAGUUUUCCAUCAUUGAUUACAGGAUGAGCAAGAGAGUGGAAUUUACAAGAGGAGCAUAUCUUCAAUUAUCACUUAGCUUCCAGCUUAAGAGAAAUACUGGAUACUUCAUUUUGCAAAGCUCUGUGCCUUCCACACUGAUCACAGUUCUGUCAUGGGUAUCUUUUUGGAUCAAUCACGAUUCCUCUGCAGCCAGAGUUGCUCUAGGUAACUGGUAA